UGCGACUUAUUUAGGCAAUUGCAUUUUCGCUGCCGGCAAAAAAGGUUUUGAGUUCUUCUCCAAAGUUCUUCGCAAAGUUAGGAUAUAUUCGAGUUCCAGCAAAAAUGUUGACCUCCGUCUUUGGUAUGCGGCUGAACACCUACGGUGUUGUUAUUGGAUGGCUGGGCGUGAUUUUCUCCUUUUUGGCCACGAUCCUCUUGUCCGUGGCCCUGGGAUUCGUUGAUGAAAUUGCGCAGCAGAUCGUCGACACCCAGAAAAAUACGGAAAUGACCGUCAGCGAGGUUCGCACCGUGCUCGUCAUACUUUUCAGUGUCUCCCUGGCCCUGAAGAUGAUUAAUCUCCUGGCCUCGGCCAUGUUGGUCCUUGGUACCGUUAAGGAACGCCAUCUGCUCCUGCUUCCUUGGCUGAUCAACAACGGAGUGAUGCUGGCCUUUGCGGUUAUUACCCAUAUCGGCCUGUGGGCCGAGAUCAUCGGAUCAUCGGUGCCCUUGUUCAACGCUCUUCCAAUUAUCUUGUUGUCUGUGCUGGUUCUUGUGCUCGGAUGGUAUCUCUACUAUGGCAUCUACUCGCUCUUCAAGCAGAUCCAGGCAUCCAGUGAGAUCCAGCGCCCGCUGAUCCCGCCGGCAACCCACCAGACUAAUUCCUAUCCUAGCUACACCAAGAUAUAAGCUCUUAUGCAAGCCUUUGACUGCAUCGCAUACUCUUCGAAUGUUUUCAGUGAAGCUUUCUUAGUUAACCUAUUAUUCUUUGUUAGUAACACCAAAAUUGGAAACUAUAUUGUAAUUUCGAUGCAGCAAAGAAAUAUUUCGAUGUACUUCUUAUAUAUCUGUAUCUAUAUCUAUAUCUACUCGAACGAAAUUGCCAAUUUCGAUUUUUUGAUUGGCCCUGAAAAUAUAUUUUGUAUACACACAUGGUAAAUAAUUUAAUUGGUGCCGUGAAACAUAUAUCCCAAUCUAGGGUAUAAGGUUUUCAAUGUAAAAACCACGUUAACUCCCGUUUUGUUCCUGCUACUCGCGGAGUAAUUGUUAAAAAUUAUUCAAUAGAUUCAUAAAAUCGGACGACUAUAUUAAGAGGAACGAUAUAAGUAAGCGCUUGUGGGUGUUAGAGGGGGCGUGGUACCCUGCUGAAAGACACUUGCGCUGCAGAAGAAUAUAGAAUCUGCAACUUAAUCCCAACUGUCUAGCUUUAUUGCUUUCCCUGUGGGCGUGGCAAUAUUUUUAAAUUGUAAUAAAAACCACAGUUGUGGAAGGCUA